CACCAAUAUCAUUCUAAUUCUCAUAUUCAGUGGAUUCAUUUCAUCAAUCACUUUGCCUUUCUGAUCAUAACCACCAAAAUGCCAACCAUUAAUCCAGUUCGUUUCAAAUUCAUGCAAGCCAUAAUAACAUUUAUGAUGAUCAUGUUGCAGGUUGUUUCUGCUCAAGACCAUAUUAUGUGCAUUGAGAAGGAGAGGGAAGCACUCCUCCAAUUCAAGGCUGCACUUGUGGAUCCCUAUGGCAUGCUCUCUUCUUGGACCACUUCUGAUUGCUGCCAAUGGCAAGGGAUUCACUGCACCAACCUCACCGGCCAUGUUCUAAUGCUCGACCUUCACGGUCAGGUUAAUUAUUCAUAUGCCUUCAAUCGUAUCACUGGAAUUGCCUCGCAACGUUAUAUCAGAGGAGAGAUCCACAAGUCGUUGAUGGAGUUGCAACAAUUAAACUAUUUAAACCUCAGUUCGAAUGAUUUUCAAUUCAGAGGAAUCCCAGAGUUUCUUGGUUCUCUCACCAACUUGAGAUACCUUGAUCUGUCAUUUUCUUUUUUUGAAGGAAAAAUUCCAACUCAGUUUGGCUCUCUUUCUCAUUUGAAACACUUAAAUCUUGCUGGGAAUUAUCUGCAGGGUUCAAUCCCACGUCAACUUGGAAAUCUCUCCCAGUUGCAGCAUCUUGAUCUCAGCGUCAAUCAAUUUGAAGGAAAUAUACCCUCUCAAAUUGGAAAUCUCUCCCAAUUGCAGCAUCUUGAUCUCAGGUACAAUUCUUUUGAAGGAAGUAUACCGUCCCAACUUGGGAACCUUUCAAAUUUGCACAAGCUUUAUCUUGGAGGUCCUGCUCUCAAAAUUGACGAUGGAGAUCAUUGGGUGUCUAAUCUCAUUUCUUUAACCCAUCUUUCCUUGGCCUUCAUAUCUAAUCUCAAAAAUUCUCAUAGCUUCCUCCAAAUGAUUACCAAGCUACCAAAACUUAGAGAACUGAGUUUAAUUGAUUGUAGCCUUUCCGAUCAUUUUAUCCUUUCACUGAGGCCCUCCAAAUUCAAUUUUUCUAGUUCCCUUUCCAUCCUUGAUCUUUCCUGGAACAGCUUCACGUCAUCAAUGAUACUCCAGUGGCUGUCCAACGUCACUUCCAACCUUGUUGAGCUUGACCUUAGUCAUAAUCUCUUGGAGGGUACCACAUCAAACCAUUUUGGCCGUGUAAUGAAUUCUCUUGAGCACCUCGACCUCUCAUAUAAUAUAUUCAAGGGUGACGAUUUCAAAUCCUUCGCGAAUAUAUGCACCUUACGUUCUUUAUAUGCGACAGAAAACAAUUUCAGUGAAGACCUUCCGUCAAUCCUUCAUAAUUUGUCUAGUGGUUGUGUUAGACACUCAUUACAAGAUUUGGAUUUGUCAUAUAAUCAAAUCACCGGCUCUUUACCUGACCUUUCAGUAUUCCCGUCUCUAAAAACAUUGGUUCUCAAUCAGAAUCAAUUAAGUGGAAACAUACCUGAAGGCAUCCGCUUACCAUUUCAUUUGGAAUCUCUGUCAAUCCAAUCAAACUCUUUAGAAGGUGGAAUUCCCAAAUCAUUUGGGAACUCAUGUGCUUUGAGAUCACUGGAUAUGUCUGGUAACAAUUUGAAUAAAGAGCUUUCGGUGAUAAUUCAUCAAUUGUCUGGGUGUGCCAGAUUCUCGCUGCAAGAAUUGAACAUAAGAGGAAAUCAAAUCAAUGGUACGCUUUCUGACCUUUCAAUAUUCUCUGCCUUGAAAACAUUGGAUCUUUCAGAAAAUCAAUUAAAUGGAAAAAUUCCAGAGAGUACCAAAUUGCCAUCUCUGUUAGAGUCUUUGUCAAUUGGAUCAAACUCUUUAGAAGGUGGAAUUCCCAAAUCAUUUGGGGAUGCAUGUGCUUUGCGCUCAUUGGACAUGUCUAAUAAUAGCUUGAGUGAAGAGUUUCCAAUGAUAAUCCAUCACUUGUCUGGAUGUGCUAGAUAUUCAUUGGAACAAUUAGAUCUAAGCAUGAAUCAAAUCAACGGCACACUACCUGACCUCUCAAUAUUCUCAUCUUUAAGAGAAUUAAAUCUUUAUGUAAACAAGCUAAAUGGAGAGAUUCCUAAAGAUAUUAAAUUUCCACCUCAACUGGAGCAACUAGAUAUGCAAUCAAAUUCCUUGAAGGGUGUGCUCACUGACUAUCAUUUCGCUAAUAUGUCUAAGUUAUACGACUUGGAGUUAUCUGACAACUCUUUAUUGGCCUUGGCAUUUAGCCAAAAUUGGGUCCCACCAUUUCAGUUGAGCCACAUAGGAUUGCGAUCUUGCAAGCUAGGUCCAGUAUUUCCCAAAUGGUUGGAGACACAAAAUCAAUUUAGGGAUAUUGACAUUUCAAAUGCUGGAAUAGCAGAUAUGGUUCCAAAGUGGUUUUGGGCUAAUUUAGCAUUCCGAGAAUGGAUUUCAAUGAAUAUUUCAUACAAUAAUCUCCAUGGUAUAAUUCCAAAUUUUCCAACAAAGAAUAUUCAACAUUCCCUAAUUCUUGGAUCAAAUCAAUUUGACGGCCCUAUUCCACCAUUUCUGCAAGGUUUCCUGUUUCUUGAUUUAUCCAAAAAUAAAUUCUCAGAUUCUCUUUCAUUUUUAUGUGUGAAUGUUAAAGUUGAAACUUUGUACCAAUUAGACCUUUCAAAUAAUCGUUUCUCUGGAAAAAUUCCGGACUGUUGGAGCCAUUUCAAGUCAAUAUCUUAUUUGGACUUAAGUCACAAUAAUUUUUCAGGAAGGAUACCCACAUCCAUGGGAUCUCUUCUUCAGCUUCAAGCAUUGCUAUUGAGAAACAACAACUUAACAGAUGAGAUACCUUUCUCCUUGAGGAGUUGUACAAAUCUAGUAAUGCUAGAUAUUGCAGAAAACAGAUUAUCAGGGCUUAUCCCUGCUUGGAUUGGGAGCGAAUUACAAGAGUUGCAAUUUUUAAGUUUGGGAAGAAAUAAUUUCCAUGGAAGUUUACCAUUGCAAAUUUGCUACCUAAGCGACAUUCAACUCUUCGAUGUCUCACUAAACAGCAUGUCUGGGCAAAUUCCUAAAUGCAUAAAAAAAUUCACUUCAAUGACUCGAAAGACAUCUUCACAAGGUCAUUCAUAUUAUUUCAAUGAAAAAGGCUUGGUUGGUAAUCAAACAUAUGAUUUGAAUGCAUUCUUGAUGUGGAAAGGUUCAGAACAAAUGUUCAAAAAUAAUGGGUUACUACUUCUAAAAAGCAUUGAUCUCUCAAGCAAUCACUUUUCUGGAGAAAUUCCACUGGAAAUAGAGAAUUUAUUUGGAUUGGUUUCAUUGAAUUUAUCAAGAAACCAUUUGACCGGAGCGAUUCCUUCAAAUAUUGGAAAGUUAACAUCACUUGACUUUCUUGAUUUGUCAAGAAACCAUCUAGUUGGUUCAAUUCCAUGGAGUCUUACUCAAAUUGAUCGACUCGGCGUGUUAGAUUUGUCACAUAACAAUCUAUCUGGAGAAAUUCCAACUGGUACACAAUUACAGGGUUUCAAUGCCUCAUGUUAUGAAGAUAAUCUUGAUCUUUGUGGACCGCCACUAGAGAAAUUGUGUAUUGAUGGGAAGCCUGCACAGGAACCAAUUGUUAAACUUCCUGAAGAUGAAAAAUUGCUCUUCACCCGUGAAUUUUACAUGAGCAUGGCAAUUGGAUUUGUUAUAAGCUUCUGGGGCGUCUUUGGCUCAAUCUUAAUAAAGCGUUCUUGGAGACAUGCUUAUUUCAAGUUCAUAAGCAAUUUAUCAGACGCUAUUUAUGUCAUGGUAGCAGUGAAAGUUUUCAAGUGGCGUCACAGAGGAUAG